AUGGACAACUCGCCCUCUGCGGGCGACGAGCCCCCCGUCAAGCGCCGCCGUCGCGCGCGCAAGGCCUGCAACCCGUGUCGCGACCGCAAGCGCAAGUGCGACGGCCGCGAGCCGUGCGCGACGUGCGUCCAGUGGGAGUACGACUGCUACUACGGCGAGCGCAGCGCGGCGGGCUCGCACGCGCCGUCGCCCUACGACAGCGCCAAGGGCCGCCCGCGCCACGAGGAGGCGGAUGGCUGGGCCCCAGGACCUCGCCCAGGACUACGGCUAGGACCAGGACCAGCACUAGGACCAGCACCAGCACCAGCACCAGCACCAGCACCAGCACCAGCACCAGCACAAGGACCACGAGGGCCAGCCCCCCAGCAGCAGCGCAACUUUGACCCCGUCCGCGACAGCGAGGCCACAAACGACAACCACGUCCAGUCCCUCGAGGCCAACUCGGGCGCCGCCUUUGUGCGCCGCCUGGGCCUCAACAUCGACCCCAAGAACGCGCCGCGCCUGCGGCUCUUUGCGUGGAACACGGGAGAGCGCCUCGCUGGACACCCGCCCGGCGUGGUCCGCCCCAUCACGGGCAUCCUCUCGCAGGCGGCCAUGGUCGAGCUGGCGCAGGUCUACUUUCAAAAGUUCACCGUCGUCUACGACGUCAUCUACCGCGACGUCUUCCUCGACCGCCUCCAGCAGCGCUGGGCGAGUGGCGCGCCCCAGGACCCCCUCGACCAGGUGCUUUGCGGCGUCGCCAUGCUCGGCCUCUGCUUCUCGCAGACGACGGCCGCCCCCUUUGAGCCGGACCUGGUCGAGACGGGGCGGACCCUCCUCGAGCACUUCUCCCUCUCGUCGCCGCCGUCCAUCGACACCGUCAUCGGCUGGGUCCUCCGCGUGGCCUACCUGCGCAUCACGGCCACGCCGCACGUCACCUGGCUCGCGAGCUGCUCCCUCAUGCACGUCUGCGAGGCCGCCCAGAUCCACCUCGAGGUGCGCGCCCAGACCGUCUUUGACGAGUCCUCGGAGCUCGUCUCGCUCGACAUUCGCCGCCGCAUCUGGGCCAUGGCCCAGCACCUCAACAUCUGGCCCUCGUACGACCUCGGCCGCACCCGCAUCAAGCUGCCGCACGCCACCACCCAGCCCGUCGCCCCCCUCGAGGGCGACUACACCUCCCACAUGCUCGCCCUCGUGCCCCUGACCGAGGACCUCGACCCCCACCAGCCGCGCUCCGUCGAGGACCUCGAGUCGGACUUUUCCCAGAUUGGCGACAGGGACCACCUCGAGCCCGCCAUGACCAUGGCCGUCACCAACCUCGCCAUCUGCACGUUCCGCCGCCUGCGCGCCCAAAAGGCCACCAUCCAGCCCGGCCACGUCGACAAGAUGCUCUCCCUGAGCGCCCGCGGUCUGCACGCCGCCCGUCGCAUGGUCGCCACCCACUGCCCCUGGCACCACGCCGCCAACAUGCCCUUUCAGAUCCUCUGUCUGUGUCUCGCCGUCGACACGCGGGCCUCGCUGGCCAUGGUGCGCACCGCGCUGUCUGUGCUGGGCGAGGUGCGCGACGCCUGGAACAGUGCCGUCCUACGGGAGGCCUACGACACGGCCUACCUGCUGAUCCUGCUGCAUCAGCGCAGAAAGGAGGAGGACUGCGGCCAGCUACGGGCUGCGCUCGAGAUGCACGCCCCCUCGGACGGGGCGCCGCCCAUUGUCCAGCCGAGCAGCAGCCACCAGGACGCCAGUGCCAACAGCGAGGCCGUCUGGCUGGACGACCUGUUUACCAAUGUGCCUGGUCUGCGCGAGUUUGACAUGGAGCAGUUCCUCGAGGAUGACCCAUUCAACAUGCAGGAUCUGGGGUUUGGGGGGGCUGCCUAG